AUACAAAUUCUCGAGUGUGUCCAAGAUCGUUGAAAUUUGGAAAGAACAAUUUUGGGAAACCUGAGGUGAAGUGGCAAGAUGAUGAGGAGUGGAAUCCACCAUCCUUGCAUUUCAACAUUUCGCAUACACCUUCUUUGGUAGCCUGUGGUGUGACUGUGGAUACACCGAUUGGCAUUGAUGUGGAAGAUAAGCAACGAAAAUUGAGAAACAAUGUGUUAUCUUUCGCUCGGCGUUACUUUUCUCCUUAUGAGGUUGAACUUUUGCAUGCUAUUUCAGAUCCUGAUACCCAACGGCAAGAGUUUAUUAAGCUCUGGACCCUUAAGGUAGGUAGGUUCUUUACUUCAAAUCUUUGGCAAUUUUUUGGUCUUUUUAUAUGAGCGUUGGAAUUUGGCCUAGAUGACUUGACAGAUCCUGUUUAGAGAAUUAAACUUAUAAAAUUGAAUGAUUAUCUACACUACAUUUAGGAGAUUGCUUCUCUACUUUAGUAUGUUUUGUUUACAACAACAAACAUAACCUUAUCCCAACUAAAUGGGGUCGGCUACAUGGAUCCAAAUGUUCAACAAAGCAAGGAAAUAUAAGAUAAACAAUAUGCAACAAGGAAGUAUAGGACGAUACUAGUGAUAUGUUUUAGCAGUAAAAAUAGAACAGCAACCCAGGAAGAUCCCCUACAAGGGAUCGGCUACGCGGGUCUUUGUCCUCCACAUAGGUCUAUCUGCGAUCAUACUGGAAUCCACCCCUACCAAUUGCAUAUCUUUCCUUACCACUUCGUCAAUAGUCAUUUUAGGUCUGCCUCUACCUCUUUUGGAACCCUCUAUAUGAAUCGGGUCGCUUCUCUUGACUGGGGCAUCCAUAGGUCUCCGUUGCACAUGACCAUACCAUCUCAAUCGACUCUCGCGGAGCUUGUCCUGAAUCGGGGCGACCCCACUUUGUUUCUAAUACAAUCAUUUCUUACUCUAUGCCUCCUGGUCUUGUCGCACAUCCCAUAUAACAUUCUCAUCUCUGCUACUCCCAGUUUGUUCAAAAUACUCUUCUUGACUGCCCAACACUCCGCUCAGAUGCAGAUACGGCUGCCCUUACUUGGUUGGACCAGCAUGACCGGCUUUGGAAACCAAGAACCAAGAAGAACCGGUCCAGCCCAGGGUUUUGGU